AUGGAGGUUAACUAUGUAGGGAAGAAAGGAUAUAACCGUUACUCCAACACCAAUAAUCUGAGAUGGCAUGAUCAUCCUAACUUUAGGUGGGGAGGAAACCAAGGGGAACCUCUCAAUCAAGGGAACCAAAACCUUAAUCCUUCAAAACCAAAUGCACCGUAUCAACCUCCAUUACCUUUUAGGGCACCCAAAGAUCAAGAAAGAAAAUCAACCUAUAGUAGCAACCCUCCAUUCCUCUACCAUAGCAGUAAUACUGAACCUAAUUUAAAGAGGGAAGGGAAGGAACAUGCCAAGGAAAUCACCCUUAGAUCCGUGGCUAUGGUUAAGGAACCUAUCCAAUCAAAUUUACAGGAGAAAGAAGUUAGUGAGAAGGAUGAGAGCACACAUACUCCUAGUGUUGGAGAUGGGAUGGGAGAAAAGGAAAAAAUAGUGAGAAGAGAGCAAAUCUCUCUUAAUGAGGAAUGCAACGCAGUAGUGUUAAGAAGAGUUCCUCCCAAGCUCAAGGAUCCCAGUAGCUUUACCAUCCCAAUAGAGAUAGACAAAGUUAGUUUCGGGAAAGCCUUAUGUGACAUAGGGGCAAGCAUUAACCUCAUGUCAUUGUCUAUCUAUAGGAGAUUAGGUUUGGGAGAGCUUAAGGAAACUACAGUUACCUUGCAAUUUGCCGACCGAUCUUUGUUUUUCAGGUGUUCGUGCGCCAUGAAAGAUAAUCUGGAAGUGAAUGAGGAUGAGGAAGACAUUACAAUUCUUAGGAGGCCUUAG